AUGACGACAACAAAAAGGGUGGAAGACGAAGCGAUGCUAUUCUUUACGACCGACGACGACGGCGACACGAACGACGCGUCCUUGGCGUUGCCGACGGAUUUUUUCCACGUCUUUGACGACGAGAGCAAAAACAGAAGAAGAGCAGCAGCAAAAAGAGAAGGCGGAUGCAGAAGGGUGGAGGACAACGGGGACGUCGACGCCAUCAUCUCCGAGAACGCGUCGUGGAACAACGACGACGACGACGUUCAGGAAGAUUUUCUUCUCGCACCGCCCCCUCCUCGCGAGGACGACGACGACGACCGAGAAGAAGAUGAAGGAUUGAAAACAUUCGCCGCGAUACAAAACGACGACGAAGACAUCAUCGACGACGAGUGGAACAAGUUGUUAGAGCGACACGGCCUCGACGUCGAGAAGAGGAGACGCCGCGACGAAGUUUUUAUCGGUACUACGAAUACUACGAGUAAUGCUGAAAAGAAGAAGAAGAAGAAGAAGAAAGAGAAGCGCGAUGAUCGACUGGCGCCGGCCGAAGCGAAAGCGGCUUCGAGAAAAGCGACGACGACGGAAAAACGAACGCGAGAGGAGUUUAUUUUAGCGGUGAGAACGCACGAGAAGUUUCGCGAAUACGUGGAGAUAAUGAUGACAUGUAGGAAGUUAACCGCGCAAACGAAGAGAGAAAGGGAGAGUUUAGAGAAGAAGGAUAAAGAGUUUCUCGCCAAAUUAGACGCCGAAAGAGAAAAUACUCGUUUGAGCGAUGUUUCUCCGUCGCCGACGUCGUCGUCGAACGUGACGACGUUUACCAUGGAUAGUAGCGAAGAGAGAGAAAACAUCGAGUUGUGCAGGAUUCCAGAUUCGUUCUUCCGGCGAGACUCGUUGGAGCGCAUAUGCGAAGACGCCAAGUUUAAGCAAGAGCUGAACGCGUUCAUGGAGCACUCGUGCGAAAACGCUCGUAAAUUUCAAAAAGAGCUGACGGCAAUUUACGACGAAACCGAUCGAGCAUGUGAAAGUUUUGAUGCGAAAAUGAAAGAGUUGACUCUGCUCGAAAGCAAUAACAGUAAAAAUUCGCCGAAUACUAUCGGUGCUACUGCUACAGGCGCUGCCUCGAAGAAACGCAAGCAAGGCGCGGAGGAGGCAGAGAAGGAAACCGUCGACGGCCAAGAUAGCGAUGAAGACGACCGCUCGUUUCAACUUUCCAUGAAAUCUGACGAAGCUUUUCGAAACCAGCUUCUCGCAAAAUAUAAAGAUGACAUACCCGCACUCGAAGAGGAGUGGUUGAAUAAAAAGCCGAAAGGUAAACUCCCUAAGGAAGCCUUGAUUGUAUUGAAGCAGUUUUGGAACAAAAAAAUAUGCUGGCCGUACCCAACCGAGGAAGACAAAGCGGCGAUAAAAGCCAAAACUACUCUCGAUGCGACGCAAAUCAACAACUGGUUCAUCAAUCAACGCAAGCGGCACUGGUUGAAAAUGUUCAAAUUCGGCAAAUCGCCGACGUGUGAGGCGGAGUCAAAGGCUAAAUUGCUUGAGAAGUUUGGAAAUUUGGACGCCGCGAUUGCGUUUUGCGAUCGAAACACGAAAUCAUCCAUCGAUGUUGAAUAA